CCCCGUGGACCAACGGUACACUUUAUUCUCAGUUUGGUAAGCAUCCUGAUCUGCUGUUUCCAAGCGCGAGUCUUUUAACGGUGUUGCAUAAGAACAAUUAAAAUAUUUUAAUAUUUUAUUCCUGAUUAACAAGUUUUGGAAACCUCUGUAUCAAAAUGCGUGAAUGUAUUUCCGUACACGUUGGCCAAGCUGGUGUCCAGAUUGGUAAUGCCUGCUGGGAACUUUACUGCCUGGAGCAUGGAAUCCAGCCAGAUGGUCAGAUGCCAUCGGACAAAACCAUCGGAGGCGGAGAUGAUUCAUUCAACACUUUCUUCAGUGAGACUGGGGCUGGCAAGCAUGUACCACGUGCCGUUUUCGUCGAUCUGGAACCGACCGUAGUUGAUGAGGUCCGCACCGGAACAUACCGCCAACUGUUCCAUCCAGAGCAGUUGAUCACCGGAAAGGAAGAUGCGGCCAACAACUAUGCCCGUGGUCACUACACUAUUGGCAAGGAAAUUGUUGAUUUGGUUCUGGACCGUGUUCGUAAGCUAGCCGACCAAUGUACUGGUCUGCAAGGAUUUUUGAUCUUCCAUUCGUUCGGAGGUGGCACUGGAUCCGGUUUCACCUCGCUGCUUAUGGAGCGCCUGUCGGUAGAUUAUGGAAAGAAAUCCAAACUGGAAUUUGCCAUCUAUCCAGCUCCACAAGUUUCCACUGCCGUCGUCGAACCGUACAAUUCAAUUCUCACCACCCACACUACUUUGGAACAUUCAGACUGCGCUUUCAUGGUUGACAAUGAGGCUAUCUACGAUAUUUGCCGUCGCAACUUGGAUAUUGAACGUCCAACUUACACCAACUUGAAUCGUCUGAUUGGCCAGAUUGUUUCUUCGAUCACUGCUUCCCUGCGCUUCGAUGGUGCUCUGAACGUGGAUUUGACCGAAUUCCAAACUAACUUGGUACCCUACCCUCGUAUCCAUUUCCCACUGGUCACUUACGCUCCAGUCAUCUCAUCUGAGAAAGCCUAUCACGAGCAGCUCUCAGUAGCCGAAAUCACCAACGCAUGUUUCGAACCAGCCAACCAGAUGGUGAAAUGUGAUCCUCGUCAUGGCAAGUACAUGGCCUGUUGUAUGCUGUACCGUGGCGAUGUCGUCCCUAAGGACGUUAAUGCUGCCAUCGCUACCAUUAAGACCAAGCGUACCAUCCAGUUUGUGGACUGGUGUCCAACUGGUUUCAAGGUCGGUAUCAAUUACCAACCACCAACCGUUGUCCCGGGUGGUGAUCUGGCCAAGGUUCAGCGCGCCGUGUGCAUGUUGUCCAACACUACGGCCAUUGCCGAGGCUUGGGCCCGUCUCGAUCACAAGUUCGAUCUGAUGUAUGCAAAGCGUGCCUUCGUGCACUGGUACGUCGGUGAAGGUAUGGAGGAAGGCGAAUUCUCUGAAGCUCGGGAAGAUUUGGCCGCCCUCGAGAAGGAUUACGAAGAAGUUGGCAUGGACUCCAACGACGGUGAAGGUGAGGGAGCAGAGGAAUACUAAACAGCCAAAACACAUUCGAGCCACUAUUACGAACUCGCUAGGAUUCAACAAUAUGUGAAAGUUUCUCCUCGUUAAAGAAUUAAAUAUUUCUCGAUUUUGAAUGCAAAGUUUAAAAUUUGCAGAAAUAAAAGCAGCAUAAAUUAUCAUGAAUCAAA